UAAUUAAGGUGGUAAUUAAGAAAAAUGUGGAGGCUGAAACUUUCUCAAGGGGAUAAUUAUGAAUACGAUGAUCCAUUUCUUACGAGCUUCAAUAAUAACGUCGGACGACAGUUUUGGGAAUUCGAUCCGAUCCCAGGAACACCCGAAGAACAAGCUCUGGUUGAAAAAGCGCGUGCCGAUUUUACAAAGACCCGUCAUCAAAUCAAACAAAGUUCUGAUCUCCUAAUGAGAAUUCAGUUGGCGAAGGAGACUUAUUGCGGGCAACCGGAUUUGGCGCGGGUGGCCAAGGUAGAAAACGAAGAAGAAAUAACCGAAGAAACCGUGGUUAACACAUUGAAAAGGGCACUGAGAUUUUACUCGGCUCUUCAGUCUGAAGAUGGACACUGGCCGGGUGAUUAUGGUGGACCUUUGUUCUUUCUACCAGAACUGAUUAUAGGUUUGUAUGUAAUGGACAUGCUAGAAACAAUCCUACCGAACGAACACAAAAGAGAGAUAUGCCGUUAUAUAUACAACCAUCAGAAUGUUGAUGGAGGGUGGGGAUUGCAUAUAGAAGGGUCGAGCAGCAUGUUCUGCACAACCUUAAAUUACAUUGGGUUAAGGAUUCUCGGACAAGAAAUCGACGGUGGAGAUGGAGCCAUGCACAAAGCCAGAUCAUGGAUUCUUCAUCAUGGUGGUGCUACCUACACUCCUUCAUGGGGAAAAUUUUGGCUCUCGAUUCUUGGAGUGUACGAAUGGGAUGGCAAUAACCCUCUACCCCCGGAGAUAUGGCUUCUUCCGUACUUUCUUCCUGUGCAUCCAGGGCGUAUGUGGUGUCACACUCGGAUGGUGUAUCUGCCGAUGUCGUAUUUGUACGGGAAGCGAUUUGUCGGGCCGAUAAAUGACAUUGUUCUAUCUCUUAGGGAAGAGCUAUAUAAUCAAGACUACAAUCACAUUGAUUGGAAUUUGGCUAGAAACCAAUGU